AAUAAAAAAACUAGAACGGUGCCGAAGUGACCAGAAGUGACAAGAUGGCACGUCAGCAGCAGGAUAUCGAUGAACUUUUCGACGUGAGAAAUCAUUUUUACAUCGGAAAUUAUCAGCAAUGCAUCAACGAGGCGCAAAAAAUCAAGCCAUCCUCACCAGAAGUGGCUAUGGAGCGAAAUGUAUUCCUUUAUCGCGCCUAUAUAGCACAGAGGAAGUUUCGGGUAGUGUUGGAUGAGAUCAAUAAUGCAUCCCCACUGGACUUGCAGCCAUUAAAGACCUUAGCCGACUACUUUGCCAAUCCGCAUCGUCGGGAAGCCAUAGUAGCCGAGCUAGAUAAAGCAGCCAGCCAUUCAAAUUCAGAUAAUCACAAUUUCCUGAUUGUGGCUGCAACUAUUUACUAUCAUGAAAAGAAUCUGGAAGCUGCACUGAGAAUAUUGCAUGAUGUGGACCACUUAGAGUGUAUGGCGCUGACAUUACAGAUAUAUCUUAAGAUGGAUCGUCUGGAUCUGGCUCGCAAGGAACUCAAGGCGAUGCAAGAGAAGGACGACGACGCCACCUUAACUCAGCUUGCUCAGGCAUGGUUAAACAUUACUAGUGGCGGCGAUAAACUUCAAGAUGCCUAUUACAUUUUUCAAGAAAUGAUUGACAAACAUUCGAGCACGAGCAUGUUGCUGAACGGACAAGCUACCUGCUUUAUCGGACAAGCUAAAUAUGAGGAAGCAGAGACCGCCUUGCAGGAGGCUCUUGAUAAGGAUAGCAAUAAUCCAGAUACAUUGAUCAAUAUGAUUGUUCUUUCCCAACAUAUGGGGAAACCGCCGGAAGUGGCAAACCGUUAUCUGAGUCAGUUAAAAGACUCCCAUUUAGAGCAUCCCUUCGUCAAGGAAUAUUUGCAAAAGGAAAUCGAAUUCCAUAGGCUUAAAAAGCAAUAUUCUUCUUCCGCCUGAGUGCAUCUGAGCAGAUUAUGGCAUUCCGUGGAAUAGAGAUCGGUAGGAGUUGCGUGUCGAUCGUAUAUAGACAGAUCUAAGAAUGGCUUACAAGUGAGAUUGAUUCUAGUGAUCUGAGGGCCUCCCAAAGAAUGAAGCUUGUCCUGUUCAGCUAGGAAAUCUUCUUCUGGAUAUUUAACAGAUAACAGAUAUUAUAUAACUAUGCAGUGCAUUCUGAACUUAGCGCAGUUUAAUUGUUGAAAUAUGCAUUUCUGUUAUGAAGUUUCCUUUAUUAAAGAGCGGCGGUGUGCAUCCACGCGGUUUUAGCUUCUAGGCCUUCAAACACGAGAUAUACAUCUUUCACGAUGAUAAUACGCAUAUAUUGGAUUCCAAGCAUUCUAAUAACUUUCCGCAAGAAAAUGUAGGAAACACACAAUGACUCUUCUCUAAGUAGAUUUUCUUUAUCUCUGCGUAGAUGCAUUCUUAAAUUUAAAGAUUUUGGUUUUCCAUUAAAGUAGCUGGCGGAAAAUAGGAAUACAUAAGAAAAUUGCAUAUGGGCGAUGAGGACGUUCGAAAUCGUAAGACCAGAGCCGUGCUAAUUACGCGACUGAUAAAAAAUCACGACCUCUUGUUCAUUUUGUCUUAAUGUUAUACGUAUAUGUAUAUAUAUACAUAUACAUGUCAUAAUCACACACAAAAAUAUGGCUGCCAUUUUAUAAAACUAUAAGUUAUUAAUAAAACUAAAUAAAACAUUAGUUUCAUGUGCAAUCGUCUCCUUCAUAUUGAUAUUCGUAUUACCAAUUUAGAGAGAUGUAUAGAUAUAAGUGAAAUAUUGAAAUAAAAUAUUUCAUACAAUUAUAAACAUACAAGCUGCAACUGUCUUUCUGCACUUCUCAAAAUACCUUGAUGUUUGUACGUAACUUAUUUGUUAAAAGCAGCCUCGUCAACAUUUGCUAUCGAAAAUUUAUUCAUCAAUUUCUAUUGAUUUCUAAUAUGCAAUUAAUACUAACUAAUUUUACGAAUAAAGCUUCUACUUUUGUACUGUAAAGAAAGAGAGAAAAAAUCGACAUCAAAAUCAAUGCAAUAUAUUUUUGAGUCUUUUUUAGUUUAUAGACGAACUCGCGCAAGUAAUUGGGUAUUUGAGGACUUAGUAUAAAAUGAAGCAUUAAUUUGGAAAACGACACAAUCAUAUUUUAUAACGUGACAAUACCGGUGAAAAAUGGUGCGAAUUAAAAAAUUUUUAAUAAAACUUCAACCAAUCGAGUUCGUAAAAUUUCAACAAACUCGUGUAAUUUUCAAAAUUAAUGGCACAAAUAAUAUACAGACAUUUGUAAAACAAUUUAAUUUUUUUAUUGGUGGCGGUGGGUUUCAAAGAACCAUACUAUACGCAACAGAGCACACUGAUUUUACAACACAAUAAGUGUCAAACUAUACAUAAAACCAUUUUUGUAUUAAGUCUUGUCUGUGUAAACGCGUGUUCGGUAAUAUAUACAUAAAAUUAUAUUAUUUCGGAUAUAUUUAACGUACGAAGCAUAUACCAGUUAUCAUUAUGAUUAAUAGAGUAAGACCAAAGUGUAUGUUAACAUCGUUAAAUUAAUGUUAAUCAAAGGCUGGAUGCAUCGAGUCUACACGUGAUAUGACUCUCUUAUUUAAGUUAUUAAAAAAAUAUCCAUUAUAUAAUCUUAUAAUUAUAGAUUAAUUCAUAUAUAUUCGAUAUUCUCUUAAACUAAUAUCACAAUGGCUCAAGACAGUCGAGACUUCUAAUGUUUGUGCAUGUGUCUUGAUAAAUUGUAUGUAUGAAAGUACUCUUCGCCAAUUUUAACGGACUUUGGGUGUUGCGGUGC